ACUACAGCUGCUCCCAUCACAACUACUACAGCUUCACCCACAACAACUACAGCUGCACCCACAACAACUACUUCUGCUCCCACAUCAACUACUGCUUCUCCAACCACGACUACAGCUGCACCCACAACAACUACAGCUGCUCCCACCACAACUACUGCUGCACCCACAACAACUACAGCUGCUACCACCACAACUACUGCUGCACCCACAUCAACCACAGCUGCACCCACCACAACUACUGCUGCUCCCACCACAACUACUGCUGCUCCCACAACUACUACAGUUUCACCCACAACUACAGCUGCUCCCACCACAACUACUGCUGCUCCCACAACUACUACAGCUUCACCCACAACAACUACAGCUGCUCCUACCACAACUACUGCUGCUCCCACAACUACUACACCUUCACCCACAACAACUACAGCUAUUCCCACCACAACUACUGCUGCUCCCACAACUACUACCGCUUCACCCACAACAACUACACCUGCUCCCACCACAACUACUGUUGCUCCCACAACUACUGCUUCACCCACAACAACUACAGCUGCUCCCACCACAACUACUGCUGCUCCCACAACUACCACAGCUUCACACACAACAACUACAGCUGCUCCCACCACAACUACUGCUGGACCCACAACAACUACUGCUGCACCCACAACAACCACAGCUGCACCCACCACGACUACAGCUGCUCCCACCACAACUACUACUGCACCCACAACAACUACUACUGCACCCACAACAACCACAGCUGCACCCACCACGACUACAACUGCACCCACAACAAUUACAGCUGCUCUAACAACAACUACAGCUGCACCCACCACAACUACUUCUGCACCCACAACUACUGCUACUCCCACCACAACUACUGCUGCACCCACCACGACUACAGCUGCACCUACAACUACUACAGCUUCACCCACAACAACUACAGAUAUUCCCACCACAACUACUGCUGCUCCCACAACUACCGCUUCAUCCACAACAACUACAGCUGCUCCCACCACAACUACUGCUGCUCCCACAACUACCACAGCUUCACCCACAACAACUACAGCUGCUCCCACCACAACUACUGCAGAACCCACAACAACCACAGCUGCACCCACCACGACUACAGCUGCUCCCAUAACUACUGCUGCUCCCACAACUACUGCUUCAACCACCACAACUACUGCUGCUCCCACAACUAGUGCUUCACCCACAACAACUACAGCUGCUCCCACCACAACUACAGCGGCACCCACAACAACUACUGCUGCUCCCACCACAACUACUGCUUCACCCACAACAACUACAGCUGCUCCCACCACAACUACUGAUGCUCCCACCACAACUACUGCUGCUCCCACCACGACUACAGCUGCACCCACAACAACUACUGCUGCCCCCACCACAACUACUGCUGCUACCACAACUACUACAGCUUCACCCACAACAACUACAGCUGCCCCCAUCACAACUACUACAGCUUCACCCACAACUACUACAGCUUCACCCACAACAACCACAGCUGCACCCACCACGACUACAGUUGCUUCAACCACUGCAACAGCUGCUCCAACCACAGCAACAGCUGCCCCAACAACUUCCACAGUGGGUCCAAACACUGCAACAGCUGCUCCAACCACAACCACAAUUAAACCAACAACAAGAAUCACAACUGCAGCGCAACCAGUGACAAGGGUGCUGACUUUUAGGUCUCCUGGAGAGACCUUUACAAUUGAUUUGCUCAACUCGUCUUCAACAGCAUUCAUAAACAGAGCUGACCUUUUAAAUUCCACGCUUCAUCCUCUCUACUGGGACUUUUCUUCUUCGUUCGUCAAUUUAACAGUGACUUCAUUCAGCAAUGGCUCUAUUAUCAACAACAUGAUUCUUCAGUACACAUCAGCAUCUGCUCCUAAUGGUUCCCAAAUUGCACAAGUUUUGGUCAACGCAGCUUCAGACAUCACUGCCUUCACCAUUGAUACUACUAGUAUUUCAGUGGAUGGAACACCCACAGCAACAACUGCUCCAACUACUACAUCCACUGCAACUAAAGCUCCAACCACUACGACUGCUAAAACCACAACCGCUACAACCACUGCUCCAACCACUGCUCCUACAACCACAACCGCUACAACCACUGUAUCAACCACAACUCCU